GUUCACUUUCUGAAUUUGCUAUUCUUUGAUUUGAAUUGGGCUACUCCAUGGAGAAACUGAAUUCGCCAGUAUUCUGGGAAGCUCAGUUUGGUGAUUUCUCCAAUGGUGCACAAGUGAUAUUCGACCAGUUUCUGAGUAGUGUAGCGACCAAAUGGCUCCGCCAAACUGGCCUUGUUGGUCUACUGUCUCAUCAUUAUGAUGGCAAGGUCCUGAACACUCCAUCUCCCGUCUUGAGCGCUUCCUUCAGAUUCUUGGCAUUGACAUUCUGGUUCCGUCGAGAUCGAUGAUGAAGAUGUCAGUGCCCAUGGAAGUGGCAAGCAGAUCACCAGGCAGAAGUUGAGGCGAUCAUCAGUUACUAGUAGUGGUAAUGAAGAAGCCAAGGCCAUGCAGCUGUUGGUGAUGGGCCCUGU